CCAAGAUGGCGAUCGUUGACUUCAGAUUUAUGCGAUUUUUGUUAUUUUAUCUUUUCAUAACGAUUCUUAUGUUUUCUAUAGCUUACUGCUUGUAUGAAGAUCAAAUAGGAUUGUUUGAUUGGAGAAAAAGCUAUGUAGGCAAGUUAAAUUAUGUUCAUUUUGAUGGAUCUGCUGUAAAUAAGAGAAUAAUCGUCUCAUCAGAACAGAAUGUUUUAGCUGCUAUUAACUCAAGAACCGGUAAUUUAAUUUGGAGGCGUGUCCUUGAAAAAAGUAGGAAUACUGUCGAUAAAAUUGUGCAUUUUUCUGACAAACUGGUGAGUUUGUCAGGAGGAGGAAAGUAUCUGCGUUUCUGGGAUCCUAGUGGAAAUAUUAUUUGGGAAAAUGUUUUAAAUAACAGUCUUUAUCAUGAUAGCAAUAAUUUGGCGAGUGGUUUGAAAUCAGUCGAUUUAGUUUUCUCUGAGAAAUAUCCUAAAAAUAUUUAUGUCAUGGUAGGAAAUUGGAUUAAAGCAUUUUCUCUCGGAACAGGAAAGGAAAUUUGGUCAAAUGAAUUAUCAAGCAAAAUACUUGGUUUAGUCGCCCAUAACCAUGAUAUUUUUUCGCUUGAAAUACUUGGUAAUGGUAACAGUGAGAUUGUUGUUAAAAAAUAUUAUAUGGAUUCAGGAAAACAAAAGGACCAGGUGACAUUUGUGGCUCCUUGGCUAUUUAGCCAAAAAACAUCUUGUGUAUUUGUUGGUCUGGCCUUGGUAUGUGCAGAGCUCAAAGAGAGGAUUAUUUAUACUUUAACUUUGGGAGGGAGUGAAAAAAAUGUAAAAAGCCAACAGAUUAUGUCAUCUACAUUUGAUGAUGAAACUAUAACUGAAAUAUCAAUGGUUGUUUUACAUUCAUCAUCAGUAAAACACUUUUGUCAAGAGUUUGUUCUACGAAUCAAUGAAAAACAUUCAAUGUUGCUGAGGUUGGAAAAAGAUAAUUCAAUAACACAAUUAAAGGAGUAUCAUCAAGAAAUGUUGUUUCAUGCUUCAUCAUUUGGUGAUGAUUAUUUAUUGUUGUCUUUAUCAUUUAAUGAAAGUAAAAUAUUAGAAGUAAAGUGUUUCAACCUUAGUUCUAUGGAUGAACUAGACACAAUACAACAGACAUUUUCAAAUGAAAAUUUUCAUGGGAAGCCAAUAAAAUUUUAUUCACAUUUCUUUUCACGCAAAGAUAAUAGCAUUGGUUAUAAACUGUUAGUUGUCUUUGAAGAUCAUGCAGUCGUAAUGUUGCAACACAAUGGUCGGACUUUAUGGAUAAGAGAAGAGUCCUUGGCAACAAUUACUGCUGCUGAGAUGGUUGAACUGCCGGUUUCACCACAACAAGCAAACUUUGAGGCCUUACAAAAGGAGUUUGGUCAUCAUCAUGAUGGUAAAGUCUUCUCAAUGUUUUCUCAACGGAUUAAAGCACAAUUUCAACAACUUCAGGCGUUUCUUGCCAGUUUAAACAUUGAUAAUGAUGAUGGUGACAAUGUAAAAAAUGGAAAAGGAGAAGAUUUAACUAGGGAUCAAUUUGAUUUGAGAAAAAUUAUUAUUGUGGUAACAGCCUCAGGAAAGUUGUUUGGUCUUGAUACGAUAGAUGGUUCAAUAAUUUGGCGAAGAUUCAUUCCUGAUAUGCUACCAUUUCAACAUUCUGCAAAAUCAUUGUUGUAUGUUCAAAGAAGUGUGGCUCAUUUUCCUCUCUCUGCUCAAUGUAUUGUACUGGGACGAGCCAAUCAUGGCUCUCGUUUGUUUAUAUUUAAUCCCUCAACUGGUAAACCAAUUGAUCCCAACAUGCCAACAGGAUUGAAUUUACCAUAUCAUAUUCUGCAAACUAUGCUUCUACCUUAUCAUGAUGAAAAAUUUUCCAAGAUUCUAUUAAUUGCUGACACACACCUUAAUGUUCAUCUAUUUCCACCAAACACGAAAUCUGUCAUCCAAAAUACGAUGAAAUCAAUAUUUCUUCAUGUCGCUGCUGACGUUCAAUUGACAGGAUAUGUCGUGAAUAUUAAUAAUCUUAAGCUGGAAGAAGUUUGGAGAAUAAAGUUGUUGUCGUCUGAACAUGUUAUUGAUCAAGUUGUGUUCAAGAGAACAAAUGAACAUGUUCAUUCACCUGGUCGUGUCUUAGGUGAUCGUCAAGUUCUUUAUAAAUAUUUGAAUCCAAAUCUUAUGGCAGUUAUCACGAAAUCACCUCAAGAAACAAAACCAUUCAUACAUGUUCUGCUCAUAGAUUCUGUUACAGGAAGCAUAGUUCAUCAUGGUCGUCAUAGAAACGCUCAAGGACCUGUGCACGUUAUUCAUUCCGAAAAUUGGAUCAUAUAUAAAUAUCUAAACACAAAAUCUCGACGUCAUGAGUUAGCUGUGAUUGAGUUAUAUGAAGGAUAUCAUGAACGAAAUAGUACAGCAUUUUCGUCGUUUGAUCCUCCUAUAUCCCCCAUGGUACUACAACAGUCCUAUAUUUUCCCAUUGAAUGUUGAAACCAUGGCUACUUCCAUAACAAAUGCUGGUAUUACGAAAAAGACCUUACUUAUUGGUGUAAGUCUUGGCUAUGUUUAUAGCUUGCCUAAAUCUUUAUUGGAUCCUCGACGAAAUUUUACUGAUUCAAUGAAGCUGAGAGAAGAAGGACUCUUACCUUACAUUCCGGAGCUGCCAAUUAUUGAAACAUCUUUCAUCAACUACAAUCAAACUGUGAGCAAUAUUCAAGGUAUUUAUACAUCUCCUGCAGGACUAGAAUCAACUUGUUUGGUAUUUGUUUAUGGGCUUGAUCUUUAUUUUACUCGUGUUACUCCAUCACGUUUAUUUGACGUGUUAAAGGAAGAUUUUGAUUAUUUAUUUAUAACUGUAACACUAGUCAUUUUGGCAUUUGCUACAUUUGUGUCUUCACGACUUGCUUCUGCGAAGAUUUUAAGACAACUGUGGCGUUAAACUUUGUAAUCUAAAAACAAGGGAAAGGAAACAAGAUGAAGCCAUACACAUGAACUACGAAAAUGGUCAGGUACAUAAAAUACGCAGUCAGAAGAGGAGAGUGUGGAAAAUAAUAUGUUUGAAUUGAAAUAUUUAGGGAUUCACGUAUACAAGGCCGUAUUAAAAUAUCUUUUGGUAUGUUUUCGCUUUGUGAAUGAAAUAAUGGCAGUACUGUUUUUAUUAAAUUCUUUUUCCGGCUAUUGAAAAAACGAAUAAAUUUUCGUUAUGGCAGCUUGGAAAUUUCAGACCAUAUUUUAUAAUCAUCUCUAGAGAACAUACUAUAGUAUAAUUAUCGUAGAUGAUUUCUUUAUUUUAAAUACUGUGCAAUAUAGGCUUUGUUCCCGUAAAGAUUGGUACAAUUUUCUUUUGUGCAAAAUGUCUAUUUCAAAAACACUUGAACACUUUAAGGUUUCUUGGUUGUUUUAAAACUAAAGACUAAUUUCAAGAUGGUAAAACUCGGAAAAAACGAAUUUGUGAACGAUUAAAAUCUCCAUCAAAACAA